GUAGAACUAGAACCUCAAAAAUGCGCGUCUUUGUCGUCUUGUGCCUUGUGGCCGUUGCCUGCGCCGAUAAACUUGGCUACAACUACCAGCCGGUAGGACACUCCACAUCAGGACUUUCGUUCAGGCCUGGCAGCGGAAUUGGAAAUAUUGGAAGCAUCAGCGGCAGUGGCUCACUUAGUGGCUUGAUCGACGGCAACCAGGGAGGACGCGGCGGUGGUUUGAUCGGUGGCUUGUCGGGCAGCGGCCUGGCUGGACUUGGCGGAUUGGAUUCUGGUCUUGGCGGUGACAACAUUGGUCUGGGCUCCAACCUUGGCGGCCUCAGCGGCCUCGGUGGCCUCGGCGGCCUCGGUGGCCUCGGCGGCCUCGGCGGCCUCGGCGGCCUCGGCGGCCUCGGCGGCCUACAAGUGCCAGCAGAUGGUCCAGUCGAUUACAACGCCCCUGCCCCUGCUGCUGAAUUGCAGAAGGAGUUCUUCACUUACACCGCCAACGAACAGGACUUCGAUGAGCCACAAGCUCUAGAGAAGGUUUCCAGCUCUCUGAACAAAGCUCUGCGUGUUGUCUUCAUCAAGGGACCCGAGAACCGUGGUCUGGAGAACGCUGCUCUGGCUCUGGCUAAGCAGGCCGCCCAGCAGGAGACCGCCAUCUAUGUUCUGAACAAGCAGACCGACAUCGGAGAUCUGGCCAGCAAACUGAAUGCCAUCCGCAGCAACACCAACAACAAGCCCGAGGUGCACUUCGUCAAGUACCGCACCCCUGAGGAUGCCGCUAAUGCCCAGCGUGCCAUUCAAUCGCAGUACGACUCUCUGGGUGGCAGCAGCCAGACCACCAAUGGAGGCGUAGCUGGUGCUCUGAACUUCGCCUCGGCGCCACAGUAUCGUCAGCCAAAUGCACGAAUUCCAGAGAACUCCUAUCUGCCCUCGUCUGUGCUCCGCCGUCUCCGGUAUUAAUUAGAUUCUUUAACCACCUUUGUUUUGUUAACCCAUUGUUAUCUAU